AUGGAAGACGCAAUCGCCGAUUUGAAACAGACCAUUGACACCCUUCGUAAUGAAGUGGUACGAUUGAGCGGUCAGUACCCUAACUGGACAAUCGAUGAAAGAGAUCCGCAAAUUACAGUUGCCGAACUUUUCUCUGAUAGUCCUGAAACCUUCGUUCAGUUCCUAGGUGGACGUUAUCUGACCAAGGAGGGUGUUCGGAGGUUAUACGUCGGGAGAUUUGCAUCUGCAUUUGCUGCCGGUCGAAACGGCCCUGUUCAUGGAUUUCUGCUGGACCAUCCGCAGAUGCAGGGCGUUGUUGACGUUGACUAUUCCUCUGCGAGUGACAACCCAACCCGCACAGGCGCCCGCGCAAAAGGUCGCUUCCGCUCUUUGAUGCAGGCUGGUGUUCACAUCAGCCAGGCCGAGAAGCAUCCCCGUGGCUUUUGCCAAUGGUUCGAGGGCGGUAUUUACGAGAACGAGUACAUCAAGGACGAGGAUGGCCAGUGGCGCUUCUUACAUCUGCGCUAUUUCCCAUUCUGGCACGGCGAUGUCGAGCACGGAUGGGGAUACAAAGUGUCCGGCUUCGUGCCGUUUCCUACCAGGACUUUCCCCGACGAUCCAAACGGUCCUGACAUGGUUGUCGCGCCGGAACAACGGAUGCUCUGGCCUGAUACCCGCGUGGUGCCUUUCCACUAUGACCAUCCCAUUACAAAACAACCAGUUAAAGACGAGGACAUGCAGGCACCGGCGUUUGGAGAGGAUCCGGCGAGCUCUCUUCCUGCUCUGACUCUCUGA